UCACGCGAUCGUCGUGCACAAUGGAGUAAAAUUUUAAUUAAAAAGUCUCAAUUAAAAUGAAAGUAAAAAGUGAAAAAAUCAUGAAAACCGUCCAAAAAGUUGUUAAAAUUUGACAAAAAAAAGUCAUCCAAAAAUUUUGUAGUGAAAUUAAAAGUUGGAAAAAUCAAAAAAAAACUGUAAAAAAGUUUUAAACAGACCACGAAGCAAAGAUAGACGAGGAAAGGUCCACGACCACCAGUGAGAGAAUUUUUUAUUUCUCUCACAACAACAAAAAAAAAGUAAAACUUCUCUCGACAGAUUGUUGUUUUUGCUGCUGCAGUUCCAAUAAGAAUUUCACUACAAAUUUUUGUUUUGUAAAUAACAGACGAAAAUUUUCAUUCUUUUGUGAAUUUUUCGACUUUGUUUGUAGUCAAAUGAUGACUUUUAGGAUUAAAUUAUAAUUUCCCUCAUCUUCCCCCCUAUUCCCCCCCCCCAUCGCACAUAGAUUAAGUUAAUUAAGUUAAAUUAAGUAAACAAAAACAGAAUCACAUAAUUUAACAAUGGGAGCAUCUCAUUCAAAUACAACAACAACAAUAUCUACCGCAAAAAUUACACGUGAUGCACCGACAUAUAAAAGUGAAACAAUUACAAAUUGGAAUGGAAAGACACAAGAGAUUAAGGCUCAAGAGAGUUUUAAGGCACCGGAACCGCCAAAAUUGAAAGGGAUUUUGAAGAACAAAGAAAUGGUUAAGAUCGAGCGGAGGCCGCAGAAAAUUGUGGAGCUUUAUAUACAAAAGGGGGAUCAGUGGACUGUGCUGAGGGUGAAUGAGGAAGAAGCAGAACUCAAAAAGCGCGAACUGAAAGGCGACAAGACAAUAAAACGAAUUUAUAUAAAACCAGUGCAUGACACGACGUUCCUCCACUUCAAAGCCAUCUAACUAAUCUAAGAUCUAAGAAAAGUCUAUCAAAAAUUGUGCGAAAUUGUAAGACUUUGACCAAACAGGACCAGGAUGAGAUGUGAACUACUACUUUAGAUGAUUAUGGACAAAAAAAAAGUAUUUUCUUUAUGAUGAAUUUUGAAAAUUUUUAUCUCAAGACAAACAAAAAAAAAGUUUCCUUAAACGAUUUUACUAUUAUGAGUAAUUAAAUAAAAUAA